AUGCCGAGAAAGAAGCCGUUUCACCCGACUGAUGUGAUCGAUUUGGAAUCGAGUGCCCGUUGUAGUGCACAAAACAGCGCAUUAUGCAUACAUGUGAGACGCACGGAUUUCGUUCAGCUCAAUGUCUCCACAAAUAUAAAUGAAACGCUGAGAGCAACAAACAAAAUUGCAACACGGUUUAACAUUUCACGCUUCGCAGUGUUUGGUGAUGAUCAGAUAUUCAUGCACACCCUUGCACGGAAAAUCGAGCUCGAAGGGCAUUGGAAGGAGAAUUCUACACUGGUUUCGAAAUUCGACGAGGCCAUGGAUUUGUAUCUGGCUUCUCGACUGUGCCGAUCAUUCCUUAUCACUUCCGUAACGUCAACUUUCGGAUGGUGGCUGGCAUUCUUCAUUCCCGAUCAAAAUGCAGUGUUUUAUGUUUCUGAUGAAAGAGGACAACCAGGCAAGAAGCCAAGCAAAGAACUUUUCAUGUAG